CUUUCAUCACCGUGCCGAUUAUUCGACUUCAAAACUUGAGGACUCUCUCCAACCCUUCAGUUUAUUCUCCUCCUUUCUCCCAACUCAUCUUUGUUGGUUUUUAAUAAGUAUAUAUACAUGUGUUACGUGAUUUUUUUUCCUUUCUUUUUUAGGGGUUGGGGGGCUGCCCUCAAGUGAUGGGAUGAUUGAUUAUUUGUGGAGAGACUAAUUGUUAGGAGUGAGUUAGAUGGUUGAGCAUUGAUGAUGACGGACCUGAAGCCAUUCAAGCUAGACAUUGAUGAGCUUAUCAGUGAAUUUGCUCAGAAUUGAAGGCAAUUUGGCGUUCAAGAAAGUUCUCUUUCAUCUUUGAGGCCAGUCCUUCGACAAACCAGGCUUGCUUUACGCAGUCGCUCUUCGCCCACUCCAUUGGAUACAUGGUGUCUGGAAAUUCCCUUUCACACAGACUGGGUGGGCUUUAUUGCCUUUACUGCUUAUUUGAGACUCAACCAUUCAAGCCUCCUUUCAAGAUUUAUUUAUGUCUACGUGAAUUGAAGGAGCUUAGGAACAUCAUUGUCUGUGCUAAAGAAAAGGACAUAAAAGUGGUUUCUGCUUUAGUAAAACAUAUGCUACAGAGGAAUAUGUUCCUUUUUGGAUUUGUGGAUAUAACUGAUGGCUCUGCAACAGAGAUGGUAAAUGAAGUCUCAGACAUUCAGAAUGCACGUGUUCAAGUAGCAUACAAGAAGUUAUUUGCUAAUACGCGGAUUGAAGACUUCAUCCACAUGGACUUGGGAAUGGAGCUUGAUGUUGAUUUGCUCAAAAGAAAAUCAUCAGAAUAUGCAGCUGCUAAGGAACUAAUUAUCAAAGAGGCUGGUGAGGUUAUAGAUGUCCACAGCAUUGAGCACAAUAUGGAAAAUAAGCAAUUGAUUGGGGAUGUAGUGGAGAAGACUGCAGAAGACUGGAACAAUGAGAAAGGGUUGUUCUAUCAACAAACAGGCAUGGGCCCUCUAUCCAUUACAUCUAACCAGCUCGCACGGCUCACUGGUUCCACAGAAAAGUCUUAUUUACUUGGGAGCCUGCCGCCUGGAGAACAGGAAACAAAUAGGCAUUCUAAACGGCAAAGAUGUGAUGACAACUUUGCAGGAAACGAACUGGACAACUUUAUACCUGAGCAAGACUUUGGGAAAAUUAAAGAGCAGGAUGAUGGUUAUGAUGAUGAGAACUUUGGCAAUGAAUUGGAAGCAGAGCUUCUAUGUCUACCUGAAUUUGAAGAUGAAGGCAAAGAUGAUAAAUAACAGGAUGACAAAAACUUCAAAAGCACAGACUGAGGUUGUAGGGCAGUUUUGGUAUUCUAAUGACAAGGCAAACUUCGACGAAUGACGAGUCGCAUGGAUUGAGGAGCAGCAUAUGAUGCUUAUCCCCAUUAUUCAAAGGGAUGUUUUCUUGAUUCAGGAAUAGAACCUUGUCGACAAUUGAUGAACCCUUGUGAAAGGUUGAGGAUGUCAAUAUCAUCAUAGCGCUUGAGCUCUUGAUCUAGUCUUGCCUCUUCAAAUGUCAAAACAAUUGGGAGGGGAGGAAGGGAAGUAAAGUACACCUUUUUUCUAUUCAUAAUUGUGAAGUAUACAUUUCAGAGAAGUAUAAUAAUGUCAAAACAAUUGGGAGGGGAGGAAGGGAAGUAAAGUACACCUUUUUUCUAUUCAUAAUUGUGAAGUAUACAUUUCAGAGAAGUAUAAUAUGCGGUUUCUAUUUUGUACAUACAACAUACGGUAGUUCCCUUUUCCUAGUCCAAGAAAUUAUAUUAUGCCUUGCUGAGAUUUUUGAAGU